UUUUUCGGCACUUUGAUGUAUAAAUCAAAAUUUUCAGUUAAAACGCUGCGCAGCUCGCAGCACAAGAUUUUGCUUUACCAUAUUCUGAAAAAUGGUUACGCCAGCGAAUCUAAGCCCAUACGCUCCGUGUUGGUUGCCAAUCGUGGCGAGAUUGCCAUACGCGUGUUCCGCGCCUGCGCGGAAAUGGGCAUCAAGUCGGUGGCCGUGUACUCGGAGCAGGACAAGAUGCAUAUGCAUCGCCAAAAAGCAGACGAGUCGUAUCUUAUUGGCAAGGGCAUGCAGCCGGUGGAGGCGUAUCUGAGUAUACCAGAGAUUAUACGCGUGUGCAAGGAGAACGAUGUGGAUGCAGUGCAUCCGGGCUAUGGUUUUCUCUCCGAACGCAGCGACUUUGCACAGGCUGUAAUCGAUGCGGGCCUGCGAUUCAUUGGUCCAUCGCCCAAGGUGGUCCAAGACAUGGGCGACAAGGUGGCGGCACGCAAGGCAGCCAUAGCAGCCAAUGUGCCCAUUGUGCCGGGCACUGAGAAUCCAGUGGAAAGCAAGGAAGUAGCGUUGGAAUUUUGCAAAAAAAGCGGAAUGCCUGUCAUCUUCAAAGCAGCCCAUGGCGGCGGUGGGCGUGGCAUGCGUGUGGUGCGCAAGGAGGAGGAAGUCGCAGAGAAUUUUGAACGCGCCAGCUCCGAGGCAAAGGCUGCCUUUGGCAAUGGCGCCAUAUUCAUAGAGAGGUUCAUAGAGCGUCCGCGUCACAUCGAAGUGCAGCUGCUGGGCGACAAGGCGGGCAAUGUGGUGCAUCUGUAUGAGCGCGACUGCUCCGUGCAGCGUCGCCACCAGAAAGUGGUGGAGAUUGCGCCUGCGCCACGUUUUCCCAAAGAAAUCAGAGACAAGAUGACCGAUGCGGCUGUCAGGCUGGCCAAGCAUGUGGGCUAUGAGAACGCUGGCACUGUGGAGUUCCUCUGCGAUGAAAAGGGCGAGUUUUUCUUUAUUGAAGUCAACGCUAGAUUGCAGGUGGAGCACACGGUAACGGAGCAGAUUACAGGCGUUGAUUUGGUGCAUGCGCAGAUACGAGUUGCCGAAGGCAAAUCCUUGACAGAGUUGGGCUUGACGCAGGACAAAAUCGACAUACGUGGCUGUGCCAUACAAUGCCGUGUGACCACAGAGGAUCCUGCCAACGACUUUCAGCCCAACACUGGACGCUUGGAGGUGUUCCGUUCCGGCGAGGGCAUGGGCAUUCGUCUGGACAGCGCUUCAGCCUACGCAGGCGCCAUAAUCUCACCCUACUACGACUCACUGCUGGUCAAGGUUAUAUCCCACGGCAUCCAUUUGCAAGAAUCUGCAGCUAAAAUGAAUCGCGCACUGCGUGAGUUUCGCAUACGCGGCGUCAAGACCAAUAUCCCUUUUCUGCUUAAUGUGCUGGAGAAUAAAGUAUUCUUGGAGGGCUAUGUGCACACGCAUUUUAUGGACGAGCAGCCAGACCUGUUUAAGUUCGAACCAAGCCGAAAUCGUGCACAGAAGCUGCUCAACUAUAUGGCUCAAGUGCUGGUGAAUGGGCCACAAACACCGCUGGCUACCGAGCUGCUGCCAGCAGAAGUGGUGCCUCUUGUGCCUUUAACGCCUUUGGCUUCGGAUUUGGGCUUCCCAAACGAGGAGGCAGAAUAUCCGGAGGGCUUGCGUGAGGUUUUUGUUUGCUUGGGCCCCGAGGCUUUUGCCAAGAAAGUGCGCGCUGAAAAAAAACUUUUACUUAUGGACACCACUUUUCGUGAUGCGCAUCAGUCCUUGAUGGCCACUCGUGUGCGCACGCGUGAUCUGCUCCAGAUAUCGCCCUUUGUGGCGCUUAAAUUUAACAAUCUCUACUCACUGGAGAACUGGGGUGGCGCCACCUUUGAUGUGGCUCUCCGGUUUCUGCACGAAUGCCCCUGGGAGCGGCUGGAGGAGAUGCGCAAGCGCAUACCGAAUAUUCCAUUCCAAAUGCUGCUGCGCGGCGCCAACGCCGUCGGCUACACCAGCUACCCCGAUAAUGUCGUCUACAAGUUCUGCGAAUUGGCGGUGAAGACUGGCAUGGAUGUAUUCCGCGUGUUUGAUUCGCUCAACUAUCUGCCCAAUCUAAUUCUGGGCAUGAAGGCAGUGGGCGAAGCCGGUGGCAUAAUUGAGGCUGCCAUUUCCUACACCGGCGAUGUCAGCGAUCCCACACGCACCAAAUACGAUCUGAAAUACUACACCAACUUGGCGGACGAACUAGUCAAGGCUGGCACUCAUGUGCUUUGCAUCAAGGACAUGGCGGGUCUGCUUAAGCCCGAGGCGAGCAAAUUACUGAUUUCCGCCAUACGCGACAAGCAUCCGGAUGUGCCCAUACAUGUGCACACGCACGAUACCUCAGGCGCUGGAGUGGCUUCUAUGCUGGCCUGCGCUCAGGCGGGCGCAGAUAUUGUGGACGUGGCUGUGGACUCCAUGUCGGGCAUGACAUCGCAGCCCAGCAUGGGCGCUAUAGUGGCUUCGCUGCAGGGCACGCCGCUGGACACAAAGUUCGUGCUGAGCGACGUUUCGGAGUACUCGGCGUACUGGGAGCAGACGCGCACGCUCUACGCGCCCUUUGAGUGCACCACGACAAUGAAAUCCGGCAAUGCGGAUGUUUAUACGAAUGAAAUUCCUGGUGGUCAGUAUACCAACCUGCAGUUCCAGGCAUUUUCGCUGGGUCUGGGCAGCGAGUUCGAGGAGGUGAAGAAGGCGUAUCGAGAGGCUAAUAUACUGCUGGGAGAUCUCAUCAAAGUGACGCCAUCGUCCAAGGUGGUUGGUGACCUGGCACAGUUUAUGGUGCAGAACAAACUGAAGGCACAUCAGCUGCUGGAGAAGACGGAAGAGCUGUCGUUUCCCAGCUCGGUAAUAGAAUUUCUGCAGGGCGCCAUGGGUCAACCAUAUGGUGGCUUUCCCGAGCCCUUCCGCUCCAAGGUGCUGAAGGAUAUGCCACGCAUAGAUGGGAGACCGGGUGAAUCUUUGCAGCCGUUUGACUUUGAAAAGUUAACAACGGAAUUGAAAGAAGCUUAUGGUGAAAUUAGCCCACAAGAUGUUAUGUCAGCUGCGCUGUAUCCCGAAGUGACCAAAGGCUUUUUGACCUUUCGAGAGCAGUAUGGCCCAGUGGACAAGCUGGAUACGCGCAUCUUUCUGACGGGCCCGAAGGUGGGCGAGGAGUUCGAGGUGACGUUGGAGCGCGGCAAGACGCUGAGCUUUAUGGCUUUGGCUGUGGCCACUGACAUGGACCAGAAGGGACUACGUGAGGUGUUCUUCCAACUCAAUGGACAAAUGCGUACCAUUUAUGUUGUAGACCAGUCAGCUGUUAAGCACAUACACAUGCAUCCCAAGGCUAAGAAGGAGAACAAGAACGAGGUGGGCGCACCCAUGCCAGGGGAUGUGAUUGAAGUUAAAGUCAAAGAGGGCGACAAAGUGGACAAGGGCCAGCCGCUGGUGGUGCUGUCGGCCAUGAAAAUGGAGAUGGUAGUGCAGGCGCCGCAUGCGGGCGUUGUUAAGAAAGUGGAGGUCACAAAGGGUAUGAAACUGGAGGGUGAAGAUCUGCUCAUGAUUAUUGAAUAAAUUUCGGUUUUACUUAAUUAACUAACAAAACGCAAAAUGUGAGCACACGUAUUUAAUUAUUUACAA